AUGGUAGCUGAUACUGCCGUAAAGAAUGGAGUGGCUGAUGUAACAUUAUGCCAGUAUAUACAGGCCUCUAAAGCCCAAGAUGGUGGUGGCCGUUUCAUUUCCAGUUCUGCAGAAGGUGAAAAUUUUGAACAGACUCCAUUAAGACGCACAUUCAAGUCCAAAGUUCUUGCUCGUUAUCCUGAAAAUGUUGAAUGGAAUCCCUUUGAUCAAGAUGCAGUGGGAAUGCUGUGUAUGCCUAAGGGUCUGUCUUUCAAGACACAAGCUGAUGCCAGAGAACCUCAGUUCCAUUCGUUUAUCAUCACCCGUGAAGACGGCUCACGGACAUUUGGGUUUUCUCUCACAUUUUAUGAAGAAGUUACCAGCAAACAAAUCUGUAGUGCAAUGCAGACACUGUAUCACAUGCACAAUGCAGAAUAUGAUAUUCUUCAUACCUCACCUACAAAUGACAAAGAUAACUGUAGCACCAUAGAAGACUGUAAUGGCACCUCUGUAUCAAAGCUACAGCGAUUUAACUCAUAUGAUAUUAGUAGGGACACUCUAUAUGUCUCUAAGUGCAUUUGUCUGAUAACUCCAAUGUCUUUCAUGAAGGCAUGUAGAAAAGUACUUGAGCAACUCCACAGAGCUGUAACUUCACCUCAACCACCACCAUUACCUUUGGAAAGCUUUAUUUACAAUAUACUCUAUGAAGUUCCUCUUCCACCAGCGGGAAGAUCUCUAAAAUUUUCAGGUGUUUAUGGACCAAUUACUUGCCAGAGGCCAAGCACCAAUGAGUUGCCAUUAUUUGACUUUCCAGUUAAAGAAGUUGUUGAAUUACUCGGUGUGGAGAAUAUGGUUCAACUCUUUACCUGUGCUCUUUUGGAAUUUCAGAUAUUGCUUUAUUCACAGCAUUACCAGAGACUGAUGACUGUGGCAGAGACAAUCACAGCACUGAUGUUUCCUUUCCAGUGGCAGCAUGUAUAUGUCCCUAUCCUCCCAGCAUCUCUCCUACACUUUCUAGAUGCUCCUGUCCCUUAUCUGAUGGGCUUGCACUCAAAUGGGCUAGAUGACCGGUCUAAACUGGAACUCCCCCAAGAGGUAAAGAGGAAAGGUUGGCAGAGUAGUGAAAGUGCCUCCAAGAUGAAAAGCCUCAGGACAUGUGACAUAGUCUCUGAUAAAAGAAAUGGGAACAUAGCAGGGUCACCAAUCAAUUCUUAUAAACUGUUGAAAGAAAAUGAGACCAUAGCAAGGCUCCAAGCACUUGUGAAAAGAACAGGUGUGAGCCUCGAAAAGCUUGAAGUCCGGGAGGAGACUGGUAGCAAAAAAGACCUGAAAAUGCAAUGUGAUGAAGAAGAAUUCAAAGAUUACCAGCUCAACAUCCACAUACGGGAGGUUUUUGCCAAUCGUUUCACUCAGAUGUUUGCAGAUUAUGAAGUGUUUGUUAUUCAGCCCAGUCAAGACAAGGAAUCAUGGUUUACCAACAGGGAGCAGAUGCAGAAUUUUGAUAAAAACUAUUAUAAAAGUGCACAAACCUGUGGGGCAAAAAUUCCUCAGUUGGAAGACUACUCCUUCCUUAAAUGUCUUGGAGAAGAUCCUGAUGUCUUGAAAUUCCCCAUUUGCAAGCAGUUUACUCCCAAAGCAAAAGAUUAUAGAGCCUUCUACUUAAAAUAUACCUUUUCUGAAAAAGCCCUUCUGGGUGUCAUCUCUGACGGGCGUGUGAGCCCUCACCUGAAAGGGCGGGGUCCCGGAAUGGCACGAUUGUCCUUCGUUCUGGCCAUAUUGAGGAUGAAGUGA